AUUAAUUUCAUUUAUUCUCUUUGUUUGCUGUGGUUUUCAGUAAAAAAAGCAAAAUAAACUAUUUGGCAGGCAUAAUCACAUGUAAAACUGUAUAUUUUAUAAUUCCUAGACAUGCGUUUAAAUUUACAGUUUGAUCUAGCAAAACAAAAUUCAUAAAGUUUUAAACCAAUAACAAAUGCCAGAUCGUUGAAAGCCAAUCAUCACAAAGUACCUUCAGAAGCAUGUCUGGGAAACGGCUUCUCCCACCCACUACAUCCAACCUCGCCCCUUCUGCACGAAAAACAGUAACUGAUUGUACAAAAAUUUGUUCAGGGUGUAAUGAAAGGAUUGAAGGAACUGUGAGCAAUUUUGUACCGAGAUCGCCUGGCUUGUUUUUAACAGUUUUCCUUUUCUCCCAGUGGUUCCAGGCCUUAGGGCAGUAUUGGCACCAACAUCACUUUAAGUGUGCCCAUUGCAGAAAGGCGCUCACCGGGCAAGCGUACUUCCAAAAGGACAAUAAGCCUUUCUGCAAGAAAGACUAUUUGCAUCUCUUUGGCCAAAACUGUCAAAGAUGCGGUGGUUCAAUUGACGGGCAGUCGACACAAGCUCUGAACAAUUUUUGGCAUCCUGAACAUUUUACUUGCUGGAUUUGUAACAAACCCAUCGACAAGGAACAUUUUAAUGAACGUUUCAAUAAACCCUACUGUGUUGAAUGCUUUGAGAAAAAAGAGAUCAAUCCUAUAUGCGAGGGUUGUAAUAAUCCAAUUACAGAUGCUAUUUUGGUGGGAAUGGAUAAAUUCUGGCACAAAGGAUGCUUGUUGUGUUCGAAAUGUUUUUACCCAGUUGAAAAGGAACUAGUAACAAAGGAUGGAUUGCCAAUUUGCAAGAAGUGUAAAUUAAAAAAAAAUUGAUUUGCCUGAUUUUCAUCAAAGCUGAGAUUCUGCAAGAAUAAAUGAAGAUGGUCAAAUAAUUCACCUGCCAUUCAUCCCUUCUCCACCGAUGACAUAGAGAAAACCAUGAAGUGACGCAAGGCCAAAACUAUGUCGUGGUGUUAUUAAAGGAGCUUCUUCUUUC